CAUAAUGUUCACCUAAAUGUAACUAGACAACAUAAACAGCAGCAGCUUAACUAUCACUCCCAUCUACAAAACACACAAACAGCGAUAUUGUUUGUGCCAUUAAGUUCCAGGGAAGAAAUUAUUUGCAUGAGUAUCAGUAUUUAUAAUCAGCUAGUGCCGUGCCUUUUGUGACGCAAAGACCAAUAGGUUAGGCAAAACAGAGCAGCUCAUCUUUCACCUUUGUGAGGAGACAGCACCACCACAGAUAAUGUUUAUGAGAGGGGUAUUUCUAAAUAUUUUGCUUGGUAAUCUCCUCAUAGCUGGUGCUGGCUCUAGCUGUGUUCCUAUCCAGUGUCUGAGAUGUAACACCACAGGAGAAACUCGUGCAGAUCCUUGUGUACUCUGCUCAAACAAUUCAACAGAGUGCCAUGAUAUUCCAUCAAACUGCACCAAAGACUUUCAGGUUUCGGUCAACAGCACUGGAUCCAACAUAAAAGAGGGUGGGGACAUUACUCUGACAUGUCUCCAUAACUAUCCCGAUUUGAAUCUGACGUUUGGGUGGAAGAGGAACAAGGACAUCCUGGAUGGUGCCAAUAAAAGCAAGCUGUUUCUCAAAAAGGUGCUGUCGGAUAAAGGAGGCCAGUACAUGUGCCUCGUGAACAGCUUGUGUGGCAGUUCCGAGUCUCUGCCACUCAAUGUCACUGUAGAGAACCAAAGUCUGUUGAUCCUGGUUAUCUGUGGUGUUUCUGCUUUGGUCCUGGUCUUGAUUAUGGGCCUGGCUAUGAAGUACAAGCUGAAAAGAGACAGCGGUAAAGACAUUAGUUCAGGUUGUUUGUUACACCACGUAGACAGAGAAUAUUGUCUUGAAUGCAAAUCAUGUUUAAAGAGAGAUAUAGUGUAGGGAUAUGUACAAACAUGUUUGGAAAAUCUGCUUAUUGGCUUCCUUGCAUGAGAAGAUUGUUAACACUUAUAUCUGUCCAUAAAAAAUAAAGUUUCAGUCUGCAGUAAGUUAGCUUAGCUUAGCACAAAGACUGGAAACGGGGGGAAUCAACUAGCCUGUCUCUGUCCAAAACUAACAGAACCGAACAGAACCUCUGAAGCUCACUGAUUAACAUGUGAUAUCAGGUUUGUUUAAUCCGUACACAAACUGAAGGGUAAAAAUGGCAAAGUUACCAGGGGUUUUGUCUUUGCAAGGAGCAGUUGCCAGGCAACCGGCAGAGACUCCAGGAGUCCAUAUUUACUAUAUUGUGAACUUUAUUUAAUGUCCGCAUUUCAUUUGGGUGUCUGAAAUCUCAGUGUCUAGACAACAAAUUAGCUUUUUUAAAUUUAAUUCAAUCUUUACAGAUUAAACAAAGAAAAUGUUGCUUUAAGGGUUGGACUUUGUUACCUUUGGACAGAGCCAAGCAAGGUGUUUCCAGCCUUAAUGUUAAGCUCAUUGACUGACUCCAGCAACACAUUUUUCAUACAGACCUGAGAGUGCUGUUGAUCUAACUCUACUAAAAAUAUAUUAUCCUAGACUUCAAUUUGUGCAUCCUGCUAAUCUUAGAAAUUACAGGUUUGACUACUUAUGUACAUUAUAAAGUCUGACACUCCCCUUUUUUCUCUCUGCAGCUAAACACAGAGAGAGGAGGCUGCAGAAGGAAAUGGAGCAGGUCCAGUUUCCUUCACAUCAAUAGAGUCCUAAAGAAGAACCACCUUCAUCUUAAACAUUAAUGAAUAGGGAUUUAGUGAUAUUGUUUCAUAAUUUUCAGUUGAUGUAUGUAGACAUAAAACAUCCUUGAUGAAGUGUGUGUGAUAAAUUGAGAUUACAAGCUUAUGUUUAGAGCCAUUUCCAGCCCAGGGACCCUUUGACCAGAAAGCCUGUUUAGUUGAGGAAAAGAGUCUAGAAAUGUUUUAAUCCAGACACAGCACAUGCGUGCUCAAACUAAUCCCCAUGAACGCGCUACUCACAGGAACCAACACUACAAACGACCCAAACGGAGCAGCUUUAUAGCCGCUGGCAUGUACUGCUUAUAUGGGAUGAUAUUGCUAUCCACUCCUCUCCAAGAGAGGGAUGGGUUUGGGAUUUGAUAGUUGAUUUAGAAAUAAAUCCCCAUGGUUCAAUAACAUGAUAUACAUUACAUUACAUUGCAUGUCAUUUAGCUGACGCUUUUAUCCAAAGCGACUUACAAU